AUGUCCCUUACCGACGUGACCCUGAAAGCGAAAUACCCCGCCAAAGCGCACUGCCGGCGCGUGGCCAAGUUCUUGACAGAUGCAGGCUUCUCCCGCGACGGCGUGAUCUACCUCGAAGCCCAAAAGACACGGAUGGUCGAGGACGACGACCAAGCCCAGCACUUCCGCCAGCGGCGCUACUUUUUCUACCUCUCGGGCUGCAAGCUCCCGGACGCGUACCUGACGUACAACAUCCCGCAGGACAUCCUCACGCUGUUCAUCCCGCCCGUCGACCCGGACAGCGUGAUCUGGAGCGGUCUGCCGGAGUCGCGCGACGAAGCCCUCAAAAAAUACGAUGUCGACGCCGUGCUGUACACGAACGAAGUCAACGCCGCGUUGGCUGCAUAUGGCCCGUCCAAAUCUGCCACAGUGUACGCCAUCCCCGAACAAGUCUCGGAGCAUAUCACAUUUCUCGCGUUCCAGGCGGUGGAGUUCGCGCCGCUCAAGACCGCGAUCGACGAAUGCAGAGUCGUCAAGGACAGUUAUGAGGUCGCGCUGAUCCGCAAGGCCAACGAGAUCUCGACGCUUGCGCACGUCGAGGCCGUCAAGGCGGCGCGCAAUGCCACGAACGAACAGGAGUUGUACGGCGCGUUCGUAGGCACGUGUAUCUCUAACGGCGCGCACGAGCAAGCGUACCACUCCAUCUGCGCGAGCGGGACGUCGUGCUCGACGCUGCACUACGUGCGCAACGACCAGCCGCUGAAGGAUCGGCUGAACAUUUUGCUCGAUGCGGGCGCCGAGUAUGAAUGCUACUGUGCGGAUAUCACGCGCACGUUCCCCGUCUCCGGCACGUUCACGCGCGAGUCGCAGACGAUUUAUAGCAUCGUGGACGAAAUGCAGGCGUCGUGCUUCCAGAUGCUGCGUGGCGGCGUGCUGUGGGAGGACGUCCACGAAAAUGCCCACCGCGUGGCGAUCCAGGGCUUGAAAAAGGCGGGGAUUCUCAUCGGCGACGAGCAGGAGAUCUUCGACAAGAGAGUCUCGGUGGCGUUCAUGCCGCAUGGCUUGGGCCAUUACUUGGGCAUGGACACGCACGACACGGGCGGCCACGCCAACUACGACGAUCCCGAUCAGAUGUUCAAGUACCUGCGUGUGAGGGGCGCGGUGCCCGCUGGGGCGGUCAUUACCGUGGAACCAGGCAUCUACUUUUGCGAUUUUAUCCUGAACCCUGUGCUGGAGGAUCCCGAGCUGAACAGGUAUAUCGACAAGACAGUGCUGGACAAGUACUGGACUGUGGGCGGCGUGCGGAUCGAAGACGACGUGCAUAUCCUAGAGGAUGGGUACGAGAAUCUGACGAACACGCCGAAGUUAUGA